CCUGUGAUUUGGGUUAUAUACCUAUAAAAAGGGAGGCAUGAUGCUAGCCGUUCAUUAAUUUUCCACGCUGGACUUGUAGACAGAUCUACCAGAGUGUGCAGGAUGGUGUACGUGCUGCUGCUGGUCGCCUUGGCAUCCCUCGCCGCCGCGGUGGUGCUCCGCCACUUCCUUCCGCUGCUCCGUAACCAUGACCUCCCCAAGGGCAGCUUCGGCUGGCCCCUCAUCGGUGAGACCAUCGGCUUCCUCGGCGCCCACCCGUCCAACACCACCGGCGGCUUCCUGCAGGACCACAUCGCCAGGUACGGGACGGUGUUCAAGUCGCACCUGUUCGGCGCGCCCACGGUGGUGUCGUGCGACGAGGAGCUCAACCACUUCGUGCUGCACAACGAGGAGCGCCUGUUCCAGUGCAACUACCCCGGCCCGAUCCGCACCAUCCUCGGCGAGUCCUCCACCCUGGUGGUCACCGGCGAGCGGCACCGCCAGCUCCGGAGCAUGUUCCUCUCCCUCGUCGCCUCCACCGGGCUCAAGGCCAACUACCUCGCCAGCCUCGACGAAUCUGCGCGCUCUGUCGUCGCGUCCUGGCGCGGCCUCGAUACCAUCUCCUUCUGCGAGGAGGCGAGGAAGUUCCCCUACAAGGUGAUCAUGGAGCUGGUGCUGGGUCUGUCGCCGGACGAGCCAGUGGCCCGCCGGAUCCUGCAAGAGUACCAGAUCUUCAUGAAGGGGGUCAUCUCUUUCCCUAUCACCAUCCCUGGGACACCGUUUGCCAGGGCUGUCAAGGCAAGGAAGAGGAUAUCUGAGACCAUGGAGAGGUUCAUCGAGGAGAGGAAGCGUAACCCAUCCAAGCAGGCCGUCUUCCUCGACGUGCUCCUCGCCAACAAGGAGCUGUCUCACGAAGACAAGGUCGGCUUCCUGCUGGACUCGCUGCUAGCAGGCCACGAGACCACCUCCGUGCUGCUCUCCAUUCUCGUGUAUUUCCUUGGGAAAUCACCCAACAUCGUCGAGCAACUUAAGAAAGAGCAUGAGACCAUCAGGUCCAGCAAGGGGAAGGACGAGCCGUUGACGGCUGACGACUACAGGAAGAUGGAGUACACCCAGCGUGUUAUCAGUGAGGGACUGAGAUGUGGCAACAUCGUCAAGCUGGUGCACAGGAAGGCCCUCAAGGACAUCACCUACAAAGGAUACGUGAUCCCGGCUGGUUGGAAAGUCCUGCCCAUCUUGGGUGCUGUCCACUUGGACCCUUCACACCAUGUGGAACCCGAGCAGUUCCAGCCUUGCAGAUGGGAGGGGCUGAACCAGUCGGCUGGCAAGAGCUUCGCGCCGUUCGGAGGUGGAGCGCGGCUCUGCCCUGGAUCGGAGAUUGUCAAAGUGGAGGCUGCUUUCUUCCUGCACCACCUUGUGCUUAACUACAGGUGGAGGAUGGAUGACGAGGACGUUCCCAUGCUGCACCAGUACGUGGAAUUCAAGAAGGGCCUGCCCAUACAGCUCGAGCCGCUGUGAUUACUCGAGCCUUUGCCUCGCUCGCUCGCUCGCUCGCUCUUCGUCUAAGACUCCAAGAGAGAGGAAAUAAGUUCAGACGCUAGACCCCGCCAGCCAGUCCUGAACCGCAGUUUACAAAUCACGAAAAAGAAAAAUAAAAAUAGCUAUCUACUACGUUCAUGUAAUUUUAUUUUUUUUACGUAAUUUACUGUUAUUAUGCACACUUCAAUCCAUGUAUGUGACUGCUUAUGCUCAUCGUGGCAUCAUGUUUAUGUAUCACCCGAGAUGGGGAUAUGGGGUUUGGCACGAA